AUGUGGAAAAUAAAAUACCUAAAUAACCUGGCAAAGGGAUAUUUUAAUAAUGAGGGAAUAAGAUUGUGUAAGUAUUGUGAAAGAACUAUAACUUAUACCCCUAGUUACAAUAGAAAUGGAAAUAUAAAGAAUAAUUAUUGUUCCAUAUUGGGGUAUAAAAAAAAUCAUUAUCAUGGAAUAAAUUCAGAAAAAAACUUGAAUAAUAUUUUAAACGAGGUUGAUAAAAUUCUGAACGGCAAUAAUUUUACUGUAUACAUAAAAAAUAAAGAAGAAAAUAAUGAAAAUAAAUUAUCCCUAAAAAAAGAGCAUGAAAUAGACGUGUUUAAAAUGUUAAACAUAUUAAAUAAAAUAAUAAUCUUAAUAAAAGAAGAAAAUGGUGAAUUUCGAAUAAAUGUAUGGAAAAAUUCAACAUUUAAAAAUCUUUUGUCUUAUAUUAAAUUAAAAAUUUCGAUUUUUAAUUACAAUGAAAUGUUUUUGUUUAUAUUAUGCUUUUCAAAAAUACAAUUUAUUCCCCAAGUUUUGCUCGAAGAAGUAUUAGUAAAGCUAAAUGAAGAAUCAUAUUUAAGUAAUUUUUUUAAAGAUAAUGUUAAUAAGUUUUUUCAGUUUAUUUUUAUUUUUUCAAGUUUUAAAAAUUUAAAAAAUGUGGCAUCACGUCAGGAUUUUCUACAGUUUGUAAACGAAUAUAUUAAUGUGAUAUUAACACAAGGAUUUAGUAAUAAUAAAAAUGAGCAAAACAAUAUUCAUAAAAUAAGUUUAGACUGUUACAUGCUUUUAUCUUCAGCAAUGUACAACAUGAAUGUGAAGAAUGAAAUAUUAUUACAUGAAGUGUGUAAUGAAAUCAUUUCUUUUUUAAAUGAACAUAAAAUAGACGAAACUUUUGAUGAUGGAAUUAAUGUAGCAAAAAAAAUAAUUAACAUUUAUUUUUCAUAUUCAUCUCUAGGAUUUAACAAUUAUUAUUUUUAUGAAAAAUUAAAUUCAUUUUUAUAUAAUGUAAUAGAAGGUGUACCUUUGUCAAGCUCUUUAACUUUAUUACUUACUAUUUCGACACUAAAAGAAAAAAAAAAUUAUAAUUUUCCUUUAUGUUUAUUAUCAAUAAUAGAGAAUAAAUUUAUAAACCAUUUUUAUGCAUUAGAUCAAAAAGAUUUAUUAUUAUUAAUAUAUUUAUUUACUUACCUAAAGCUGUACAUGUCAAAUUAUGAACAAUAUGUGUGUAUGUUGGAUUAUUUAUUUAAUGUUCAUAAUUUUAAUUUGUUAAACGAUUGUGAUGUUUAUGAUAAAGCAAAGCUAGUUCAAAUAUAUUUUUCUUUAAAAGGAGGCAUUGACUAUAAAAAAACAGAAGAUCAUAUAUCACAAAUUAAUACCUUUGAAUUAGAAUACCGAACUGUAUCAAAACAAAUCAAAGAUUUUAAUAAAAAUAAUUUAAAUGUUAAAAUAAAUGAAAAAAAUAUUUCUUAUGUACAAAAUGAUGAAGAAAAAGGAGAUAGACAUGAAAAUAAGAAACAAAUUUACGAUGAUAAUAAAAAUGAAAUAAAAAAUAUAAUUUUAAAAGAAUUACAUAAUAAAGGUGUUCUUCAAAAAAUUGAACAAAAUGUAAAUGGAAAUAUGGAAAUAAAAGAAAUAGCGAUUGAUGACGAUGAUUUUAAUGAAAAAAAACAUGAACAUGUGCAGGAAGAAAUUGAAAUAAUAAAUAAAAUAAUAAAUGAUAAAAUUAAUGGUAAAAUAUUUAAAGUUAAUAAUAUAAAAAGAAACAUAUAUAUAAAUAAUUAUUAUUUUAGUCAUUUAUAUUUGCAUAUAGAAAAAGGCCAAAAAUCUAACAACAAAAUAUAUGACAAAUAUGUUAUUAAUUUAUGUACAAAUGAAAAUACCGAUUAUUUUGGCAAAAUAGAUAUAUAUACAAAUAUGAAAAGAGAACAUUUGUUAGAUUUGCACAUAAAAUAUAUCCCAAUUGAUUUGUUAAAAUGGAAAAAUUUAUCUCAUCAUGAAAAAGAAAAAUUACUCAUCCAAAAGUUGAUUGACGAAGAUGAUGAUGUACAAUAUUUUGCAUGA